AUAGUCAAGCAAAGUGUUGGAAAGAAAGCAUGUUUAGUGGGGCAAGCGCUAGAAAUGCUUUAUAUCCGUGGGAAGAACUAUCUAGAGAUUGAUAUCGACGUUGGAUCUUCAACCGUGGCAAGAGGGGUGGCUAGCCUAGUUCUUGGAUACCUGAACAAUUUGGUGGUAGAAAUGGCAUUUUUGGUACAGGGUAACACACAAGAUGAGCUCCCAGAAGUUCUCCUUGGAACAUGUAGACUAAAUCAUAUGGAUGCCUCCAAAGCAUUUCUGGUGAAUUCAUAAAUUUUUUUUUUUACCUGUUAAGUCUUUGAGGAGCAGAAGCUGAUAGUCCUACUACACCAGCAAAAGUUAAGGAUGUUGUAAAAGUUGCUGCCCUGCAUUCUUCAUGUUGGAAGUAGGAGUUUUCCUAUGAUUUUUCUACUGGGGUUGGUCAAUUUGCAAAGCAGUUGCUCCUUUUUUUCCUCUCUAAAGUAAACAUAUGUUGCACAAAACUGAUUCCUUGGCCCGGUUCGUGCCACGAAUUAAUAUAAUAUGCAAAUCAGAAGUUAAAAAAACAAAAAAAAAUACAUGACCCCAAUUUAAAUUAGAG